AUGAACAAGAGAGUGUAUGAAAUAGCCGGAACGGUAAUGCUUAUCAUUUCGAUCAUCAUGUACUUCAUUUAUUGGGGUGAUGAUUUCGUUCUCGAGAAAGGCAGAUUCCCAUUUGUUUGCAAUAAAGCAGAAAAUUAUACAAUAUCACACUUCGAAAACUCAUAUCCACCAAAUAAAAUUCUCAUUAUUGGUGGUGUAUACAAAAGCGGUAAAUCCAGAGCCCUACAAGAACUAUCUAAGAGAUAUUUAUCUUUGAAGCAAUUACCUGUCGAGAUUCAUAUCUCUCGAGCGAAUACAUUUGAUAACCUCGUCGACCUUGUUAAGAGCGAUCUCGUCAGGAACUUCAUGACUCUUUCUAAAACACUUCCAAGAUCUAAGAUGGAAGAGUUCUCCCAAAUGAACUGGAAGACACGUGCUUUCAACGAGAAGCAUGGUGAACUAGGAAAUGGCUUCGCAGGUGCCCAGCUUGCUGCCGAAAAUGCCCUUGAAAUGCUCCACAACAACAAAACAAUCAUUGAUGGAUUGAAUGAGCUUCUUGAUGUCUUGGAGAGAAUUAAUGAUAUUCUCCCAGUCAACAUCUUUAUCCAUAGCGCAGAUAAAAUAAAAGAGCUUAAAACAAAAGAUGGUCAAAAUAUCGGAAAGGUCAUUAUGGACUACGCACUCAAAUACUUCGAAAACCACUACAAGAAGCACUCUACUAUAAGAAUUGCAUUAGAAGUUAUUGAUUCCAGAAUCAUCGCAAAAGUUAAGGAUAUCAAUGGUGUCUUUGUUGUUGUUCUCAAAGAAAUCGAUAACCCAUUACAAACGAUGCAUUCGCUUGGCAUUUUCAGGCACGAAGAAGGAAAACCAAUUUAUAAGCUCGUUGGAGGCCAAACAGCAGCCCUUUAUCAUGCAUUCAUGGAAAAGAAGUAUGGUACUAACCCAUAUACAAUCGCAAAGAUGCAUUUCGAUGAAGAUUUCGCCGAAGUCAAGAAAUUAAUGACAAAUACAUCCAAUACAGCAUGGUUCGAUCUUUGCUUUGGUCCACUCUAUAAUGCAACUAAUAUUUCAUUCCUUGAUUCACUCUUUAAAGAAGGUUACGUUUAUUCCGACGAAAAUUCAACAACAUACGCAGGUUCUGCCGCUGUGAGAGCUGCAUUCUGCGCAAUUACUCCAAAGAAGUACAAGCCAAAGGAAAUUAAAGUCGAGAAACCAAAAUCCAAAGGAAAGAAAUCUAAAUCUCCUUCUCAAUCACCAUCUCCAAAGCCAACACCCACAUCUACGCCAACACCAUCUCCUUCUGCUACUCCUGUACAAUCUGCAAAGCCUUCUCCUUCUGUUUCUCCACCUAAUACUCCAUCUCCCUCUCCAACACCAGUUCCUUCUGUUUCUCCUUCGCCAUCUCCAUCGCCAAAGCCAGAAAAGAAGUCUGGAUGGUUCUCAAAGAAGGAAAAACCAACACCAAAACCAAAAUCAGCUGAAAUCAAAGUAGAAACUAAAGCUGAUUCUAAAAAAGUAACUCCAGAGAAAAAGGAAGAAAAGAAAGUUGAAACAAAGUCCGAAGAAAAGAAAACAUUAGAAAAACCAAAAGAUUCUAAGAAACAAGAUCAAGCAAAACCAGAAACAACUCAGCCAAUCAAAGUAGAGGACAAAAGUUCCAAAGUUGAUGAGAAGAAAUCCAAAGAAGAAGCGAAAAAGAUGAAAUCAUCUGAAAAGAAAGAAUCUAAAGGAUGGUUCUCCAAGAAAGAGAAACAAACACCAACUCCUUCUCCAUCUAAAUCUCCAGUUCCUUCUCCUUCUAUUUCUCCUUCUCCAAAACCAGAAAAGAAAGAAAAAGCAACUCCAUCUCCAUCAGCUUCACCUAAACCAGCAAAGAAAUCUGGAUGGUUCUCAAAGAAAUAA